AUGGAUAGAAAGUCUGCUAGAAUAAAGGCAGAGUUACAAAGAUAUGGUUGGAGAGUUUCGAAGAAUUUUAAAUAUAGGAAGGGAAGACCCAUAAAAGUCUAUGACAAAUUGUCUGGUCUUCGCUACGAAAUGGAUUUGGAAACAGCACGUGCCAAUUAUCCAAACAGACUAGAGAGGUUAGAAGAAGAACGUCUUAUGGACAUGCCUUUCGAUGUUAGUGAACCUCAAGUUGAAGGACACGACGGCUUUGCCAGAUUCUACUGGAAACAUGACGAACAAUUGCAUCCUUUGAGAAGGAAAAAAGGAAAAGGUGAAGACGCACAUGCUCCCAUGGAAAGAACAAGAUAUGCAUAUGAAAAGUAUCGUGAAGUUAGAAGUCAAAUUACAUCUGGUCGAACCUUUACAGUAAACUUGGACGAAGGAAAGAACAAAGAAGGCUUCAUGGGAGUACUUGCUGCAAUUCAAGACGGAAAUAAGAAAGGACACAAUCUCAGAUUGACCAUAACAGAUUUGGAUGGUCACAUUUACUAUGCACAUGGCAAUGAACAAACAGCCGCAAAACUUCUUGACGCUUUCAAGACUACUAUCAUAAGACGAAAUGGUGGAAGUGAACUCAAAAUAAGAGUAAUUAGGUUAUUUUGCCGACCAAAUAUAUUUACAAGGCAAAAUAUCAUAUUACAUGUCAACCUAUUAUCAGUAUGUUUUGAUAAAAAAAUUUUAUCAAAUAUCAUAUUAAAAUUAACAUCUAUAUCUAUAUCAAUAUCUACACUAUAA